GAAAUUGAUCAGUUUAGAGAGACAGUGAAGAAGGAAAUACGAAAAGCAAUGAAAGAACCAUACCUACCACCGGGACAAGGUCCACUCAUAUUGGAAGACUUGCAGGUUAAGAAGGAAGCUUCGUCAAACCAUAUGAGAAUUAUUACUGAUGGGUUUGAUGUUUUGGAGAUUGAUGCUAGCAGUUUAGAAUUUCAAAGCAAAUUUGCCUCUGGGUCUUGUGUUGAUUUAUACCGUGGUAAAUACUGUAGUCAGGAUGUAGCUAUAAAAGUCUUCAAGUCAGAGUAUGUCAGCGUGGAUAUGCAGCGUGAUUUUGCACAGGAAGUCUACAUUAUGAGAAAGGUUCGUCACAAAAAUGUUGUUAAGUUUAUCGGCGCAUGCACAAAGCCUCCUAACUUAUUUAUUGUAACAGAAUAUUUGUCUGGAGGAAGUGUGUAUGACUAUCUACACACGCAGCAAGGUGUUUUUAGCCUUCCUUCUCUGCUCAGAGUAGCCAUUGAUGUUUCUAAGGGUAUGAAUUAUUUGCAUCAAAAUAAUAUCAUACAUAGGGAUCUGAAGACUGCCAAUCUUCUGAUGGAUGAGAAUGAGGUUGUUAAGGUUGCUGAUUUUGGAGUCGCGUGUGUUAAAACUCAACCUGGGAUUAUGACUGCAGAAACAGGAACAUAUCGCUGGAUGGCUCCAGAGGUCAUCGAACACAAACCCUAUGAUCACAAGGCUGAUGUAUUUAGCUUUGGUAUCAUGAUGUGGGAGCUGCUCGCCGGGAAGCUUCCAUAUGAGUCCCUGACACCGCUACAAGCAGCCGUAGGCGUAUUGAAAACGGGGUUGAGACCAAUCAUUCCAAAGAACACUCAUCCCAAACUCACUUUAUUGAUUGAGAAAUGCUGGCAGAAAGACCCAGCUUUGAGACCUGACUUCUCAGAAAUAUUAGAUACGCUUACUUGUAUAGCCAAUGAGGUUCCAGAAAAGACUGAAUAGCAGCAAAAGCGCAAGGCAUAAAGUGGUCUUCUUUCAGUAUUUAGGAGCGGCCACUGAUUCUCUUCAUCCAGACAUGUUUUUUUACAUAUCAAAAGCUCUUUCUUUUCUCUCAUCAACAAUAAAUAUUUUUUUUUUGAACCAUCCCAUCUGUAGUUCAAAAAAAAGUAUGGUAAGCAUUCCUUUGUGUGUCCAUUCUGUAUACGUGGCCCCCGCCAUCGCGAUAAGGCGUGAGCUCGCCGAUGGAUGCUCAUGUGCCCAUAUGAGCCGGCCCGAGUCACCACCGAUGCUAGAAGAUAUUUUCCUGUGGAUCGAGUAUGCAGUUGUGUACUCUCCUUUUUGUGUAUGAGUGCACAGCAAUAUCUGCUUAAUAAUCCAAAUAAAUGAAGCAUAUAGGGAGUGCACAGCUGUGUACUGAGAUAUUCUGCACAUACAACUAAUUCGAUCGGGUGGGGAACUCUAUUUGUAAUUUUUCCUUUUGAAAGUGUUUCUUUGAAAAUGCUAUGUAGGAGAAUAUUGCUUGGGACUUUUUUCUUUUGGAACUGGGCCCUUCGUGUUCAUAUGUUUUGCAGAGGGAAGGUUUUUGGGGUUUUUGGACUGGUUUUAUUUAAUUUGGUUCAUUGCUGCAAGUUGGAAGUUUAUGUUUUCAUGUAAAUUCCUCUUAAAUUUUUUGUUAAGUUGUUUAGCUUGGUUAACA